ACAGGGUGUUCACGAUAUACACUCGAACGUAUGGUUAUAUGGCCAAGACGAUUUCAAAUGAUGCCAAUUCUUGUUACGUUUGCACUUGCCGUUGUGAUAAUUUUUCACCCGGUAAUCAGCUAUCCGACAUCAUCAUACUUAGCUGAUCGUGUUAGACAACUGGACAUAUCCCCGAUACUUCACGAAGAACAAGAUCUUUCAGAUUACUUCCCAAAUGACGCCCUACUUUACACUCCAAGGGAGGACCUGCAACCCUCGACUUUUCAAACUCACGGUCAGUACCAAUCUUCCGCCGAUGCUGAACUGUCACAUCGUGAUUGGAUGGCACAUAUGCAACGUCAGUCACUUCCCCAUUUGUUAAGGACCAAUGGAUUUACGUUGCGAACGCAAAGGCUAUCCCGUUUAAACCAAGCUGUUAAACGUGAUGACCUUGGGGCCACUUUCUGCAACCUUGGAAAAUCUGGGACGUUUCUCGUGUGGAACAGCGCAGCCAACCAGAUCCAAGCAUUGUUUCCAGACCAGCACUCUGAAUUUGCAUCCUGGUUGAGAGUACAAUACCACUGGACAAACCAUCAAAAUCUACAUGAAAAAAGAUCAUCCGCGAUUACCGGAAACUUGGCGGGUCCCGAAAUCUGGGGAGAUGGAUGGAGCGGUAAGUGUCUGUGUCACUCAUUUUGCUCCGUCUUACGGGCGUGUGAAAAGACGAGAUACGAGAACGGCAAUCAUGAUUUCGAUCGAGAAGGUUCUAUGUGGGUCACAUCUCCACACUUCGUGAAGUGCUACAGCAACGACAGACAAGAAGGCGCUAUUCAACCUUGGUGUUCCUUGACUUUAGGAAUUUGUGGAAAUCUCCAAAAUUUCACGAGUUCUGACGACAGUGUGACAGAGGAAGUCAACUCGCGAGUCUCGAAGUUCUGCGUUCGCGAAGUUUUGCCACCUGUUGUGCCAAAUAGGCAUCUCAGAGGGCUUCAAAAGACAUAUAUGUCAGACUACAAUGUAGUCUGUGUUUUGUUUAACAGUUUAAGACCUGGCCACUUCGGUCUGAGGACUGGUUUCUCAUACCUACAGCUGGAACCGCCUGGAACUAGAAAAUUUGCAAUGAGGUGA